AUGACAGACUCCGGAGCUCCAGAGCUCCACUACCGACUUCAUCGCAUCGCGCUGCACGACGCAGAGCUCACGCAAGACAAACACACCACCAAAAUAGCUCCCCAACGACCUGCCACAAUGUUCGGAUUCCGCAAGACCCUCGACAUCGUCACUGUCUUCCACAAGGCGAGCUCCCCCGCCUCUGUGAGGGUUGUCAACCUCCUCAAGCAGGUGUCGGCCAACGCCGCCGCCGGCGCGACUGAGGACCAGGCCAGCGACCACAGCGUCCAAACGAGCCCCAAGACGUCCCGCGCCGACUUUGAGCUCAACAUCACCGAAGACCCCCCCACAGCCGACCAGGUUAAGACCAUCCUGGAAUACGUCGGAAAGAGCAAGAUCCCAUCAAUCAUCAAGGGUGCUUCCACUGAGCAGGAUGCCCUCAAGAAGUUCCAGCAGAACGCCGAGGUUUUUCAAAGACCCGUGACUGUGGAUUGGAACAACGGCAAGGCUGUCUCUGGUGAGAGUGAAUCUGAGAUUCUCAAGAUGAUUAACGCCUUGAGCAAUGAGAAGAGCUGA